UUCAAAUCUAAAAUGUUUCAGAAAAUGACCAAAACUGACCCCUUGGAACUAUUCUUUUAUUUUAUACAUCUGGUGCUCAGUACCGUACUGCCAUGUCUAAAUCCAAAGCACCGCUUCAUCAAAAGCAGCAAAAGAAAACAAUCAAAAUGCAAUAGUAGAAAGCAGAAGCAGCACCCAGAAAACCUUCAUUUAGAGAAUUCAAGUUCAACCCUCAAAUGGCAGAUGCAAGAAAUGAUUUCUAAAUCAAUCAAGAAAAGGAAAACAACAUGUCACAGUUUUCUUGCCACUUUUAGCUAUAUGGCUCUUACCAUGUUCUUGCUGUGUCCAUAUUUUGUUCUCAUCUCUCGUAUCCCUUUUCUAGCUUCAUCACUCUCGUUACCUCCGUCUGCAAUUUACCUUCUGCAGUUUCGUGACAGUCUUCCACCAGUUUCUCAGCAGCUCUUGCCAUGGAAUCUUUCAAAUUCAACUUCUUCUCCUUGCAACUGGCCAGGAGUUUCUUGCUAUUCCGUCAAGAACUUUCAAGUUAAGGCUUUGAAUCUUUCAGGAUUCGGUCUAUCUGGGAUCUUGAACAACUCCAUUUCCUAUCUCUGCCUCCAUAAACAUUUGGUCUCUCUUGACCUCAGUGGCAAUAAUUUCACUGGUGUUAUUCCCCAGCUGCUUGGAAAUUGUGGCCAUCUCAAUACCAUUCUUCUAAAUGACAAUGGUUUUGAAGGUUUGAUCCCUACUGAGCUUUUUCAAUCAAAACUUCUUUUACUGGUGGACUUGGGCUAUAAUUCUCUCUCUGGUAAUAUUCCUCCUGAGGUAAGCUUUUGCCCCAAUCUUGAAUACAUAGGAUUGUAUAACAAUUAUUUAAGUGGUGAGGUUCCAAGUGAAGUAUUUUCACUAUCAAAAUUGAAGUUCCUGUAUCUGAACACAAAUAACUUAACUGGGUCAUUACCAAAUUUCUCACCUUCUUGUGCAAUCUAUGAUCUUUGGAUUCAUGAGAAUGCAUUUUCUGGAUCUUUGCCUCUUUCUCUUAGUAACUGCCAAAACCUUACCAUGUUUAUGGCAUCUAAAAACAAAUUUGAAGGGGUCAUUGCACCAGAGAUUUUCAAGGGUCUUCAGCAACUUCAAGUUCUUUAUCUUGAUGAAAACAAACUUAAAGGGGAAAUUCCAGAAACUUUGUGGGGUCUUGAAAAUUUACAAGAACUUGUUCUUUCGGGGAAUAAGCUCAAUGGUACCAUAUCUGAGAGGAUAGCUCAGUGCUCUCAGUUAAUGGUUAUUGCUCUUUCUAGUAAUAAUCUAGUUGGCCAGAUUCCUCAGUCAAUUGGAAAUCUCAAAUAUCUGAACAGUCUAAUUCUCUUUGAUAACAAGCUAAAUGGCUCACUGCCUCCUGAGCUUGGAAAUUGCAGUUCACUUGCUGAACUUAGGAUUCAGAAUAACUUUAUUCGUGGGCGUAUCCCUCCUGAAAUUUGUAAUCUUGAGAAUGUUGAGGUUCUUUUUAUGUUCAAUAAUCGUUUUGGAGGCGAAAUUCCCUGGCAGAUAGGAAGAAUGAGUAACCUUGUCCAAUUGGCCAUGUAUGACAAUAAUUUAUCUGGCAGAAUCCCUUCCACAAUUACCCAUUUGAAAAAAAUCAACUUUCUUUCAUUAGCUCAUAAUAACCUUACGGGAGAGUUACCUUCUGACCUUGGGAGAAAUUCUCCAGGUCUAGUCAAACUGGAUCUAACUGGUAACCACCUCCGUGGAUCAAUUCCUUCUAGCAUAUGCAAUGGCAAUAAUCUUUCAGUUCUGGCCCUUGGGAACAACAAGUUUAAUGGGAGUUUUCCAACCUUUAUUGGAAAAUGUUUGUCCCUUAGGAGGGUGAUUAUUAGUAACAAUCUUCUGAAAGGGAGAAUACCAGAUGAUUUGGAAAGGAAUUCUGGGAUUUCGUUUCUAGAGGUUCGCAGAAACUUGCUUGAAGGGAAGAUACCUCCAGUAUUUGGUUUUUGGAGCAAUCUAACAAUGAUUGAUUUUUCAGAAAAUAGACUAUCUAGUGCUAUACCUCCUGAGCUUGGAAAGCUUACAAAUCUUCAAAUCUUAAGAGUUGCUUCUAAUAGACUAACUGGGAACAUUCCCUCUGACCUUGGUCAUUGCAGAAAGUUGAUUAAAGUGGAUCUAAGUAAGAAUGAUCUCUCAGGGAAAAUUCCUACUGAGAUCACUUCAUUGGUAAAAUUGCAAAGCCUUCUCCUUCAAGAGAACAAACUUAGUGGAGUAAUUCCCAACAUUUUUUCUCCCCUUCAAAAUCUCUUUGAGUUACAGCUUUCUAAUAACAAGCUUGAAGGUCCUAUUCCCUGUAGUUUGAGUAAUCUUAACCAUUUUAGUUCAGUUCUUAAUUUGAGCUAUAACAAGCUCUCUGGUCAAAUCCCAGGAUGCCUUGGCAAUCUAGACAAGUUACAGAUUCUUGAUCUCUCAAGCAACGGUUUCUCUGGUGAGAUACCAACAGAACUAAACAACAUGAUCUCCCUUUACUUUGUGAACAUAUCGUUCAAUCAACUCUCAGGAAAACUCCCAGCUUCAUGGAUGAAAAUAAUGGUUUCAUAUCCAGGGUCUUUUCUUGGAAACCCAGAACUUUGUUUGCUAGGUAGUGAUGCAAGAUACUGUGGAGAAGUUAGAGAUGGCCGUACAAGAAGGUAUCACCUGGCUGGUAUAGUUGUUGGUGCAGUUGUCUCCGUAUCAUUGCUUUGUGUUGUGAUUUAUAUUACAGCGGUUCGAGGCCUUCAGCAGAAAUACUCCCGCGAUCAAUCACUUCUUCGUGAAUGUCAAUCGGUAACAGAAGAUUUACCAGAGGAUUUGAAAUUUGAAGAUAUAAUGCGUGCUACUGAAGGCUGGAGUGACAAGUAUGUUAUUGGGAGAGGUAAGCAUGGGACAGUAUACCGGACAAAAUCUAUGAACUCCAGGAAGCAUUGGGCUGUCAAGAAGGUGAAUUUAUCUGAGACAAACUUUAGCCUUGAAAUGAAAACCCUGAGCUUGGUUAGGCACCGGAAUGUAAUUAGAUUGGCAGGUUACUGCAUCAAAGAUGGAUAUGGGUUCAUUGUUACCGAGUACAUGCCUGAAGGGACACUUUUUGAUGUCCUGCACAGACAGGAACCUCGCUUGGUUUUGAACUGGGACACUAGAUAUCGCAUUGCUUUUGGAAUUGCUCAAGGCCUUUCAUACCUUCACCAUGACUGUGUGCCACAAAUUAUUCACAGAGAUAUCAAGUCAGAUAACAUUUUGAUGGAUUGUGAAUUGGAACCAAAGAUUGGAGAUUUUGGGAUGGCAAAAUUGCUCCUUGGUUCUGAUUUGAGCACAACAAGGUCUUCAGUUGUUGGAACAUUGGGUUACAUAGCACCAGAAAACGCAUAUGCCAUCCGAUUGACAGAGAAAGUUGAUGUGUACAGCUAUGGAGUCAUUUUAUUUGAGCUCCUUAGUAGAAAAUUGCCAGUAGACCCCAGCUUUGAGGAAGGUCAGGAUAUUGCCUCCUGGAUGCGGAAGAAACUGCAAGACAAUGAUGAGUACAUUUGCUUCCUCGAUGAGCAAAUCAGUUUCUGGGAAAUAGAUGAGCAAAAAAGGGCUUUGAGAUUGCUUGAAUUGGGGCUUGAAUGCACUGAACCACUGCCUGAUGUGAGACCCUCCAUGAGAAAAGUGGUUGUUUCUCUUAUCAAGUUGAACAAUUAACAUGAAAGAGGUGUAAAUAAUAGAGAAAAACCAAAGUUUUGGCGGUCACUUAGAUGACUCCACUGCAAAACAGGAAGAUGAAAGAUGACAAAUGAUGCAUUGGUGUAAAUAACAGGCCUGGAGAUUUUGUAACGGUUGUGUUCUCUUUCUUGAUUAUUUCAGUUGCCAUCUAUAUAGAAAUUUUAGGUUUUUUUUUAAUGAUUUUUUUUACUCCGAUGUGUUUGAACUCGUAAUUUCACAGUACUUUGAAUGAAUAAGCAAGCCUCGCCUAA